GUAGGGCGCGCGCAGUUACCGCACGUGCAGGUGAUGCGCUCGUUAGGCUGAGGGUGUUACUUGUAAACCCCAGUAGGCGGGCGGCCGCAAAGAUGGACUUCAGCGACGAGAGUUCGGUCCUCGCACACCCAGACACGGACGCAAUGGAGUCAACGCCGCACGAACUGCACGUGGGAGAGCUGCACAAGCCAGGGGGACUCGCCGAACUGUCCACCAUCUCUUCCAACGUGGUCGCCGAGCUUGAUCCUGUUACCACUAGUGAUGCCCAGCAACAGCAACAAUUAAAGGUUUACCUGAGAGUGAGGCCCUUUUCCAAGGAGGAGCUUGCCAACAAUGAAGACCAGGGAUGUGUCACAUUUGAAAAUGGUGAGGUAGCUAUUUUGAUAGCACCGAAAGAAUCUGCCUCAAUGAAAAACAGUGAAAGAGGAAUUGGACAGUCUGUUCACAAAUUUUCAUUUUCAAAGAUCUUUGGACCAGAAACAAGUCAGAUUCAAUUUUUUGAAGGCACAGUGCAAGACCUUGUAAACAGUUUCUUAGAAGGAAAGAAUGCACUGGUAUUUACAUACGGAGUUACGAAUGCUGGAAAGACUCACACAAUUCAAGGUUCUGUGAAAGAUGCUGGCAUUCUCCCUCGAUCUAUUGAUGUAAUCUUUAAUUACAUUAAAGGUAGACAAUACACACAAAUGGAUUUGAAGCCUUAUCUAAGCACUGAUGUACAAUACUUGGAUGGUGAUCAAAUAAACAAGGAGAAGUCUCUAAAGAGUUUUGUUUUUUCACUAUUGAAAGAGGAUGGUGACCGUAUGGUGACGCGUAGCACCAGUACUACAGUUUUCAAGAAUAUGGCUAAAUCCUCCCAUACGAGUUUAUCUUUUUCAUCUGUGUCAUAUGAUCAGACCGAAUCUACUGUAUCAAACUCUGAUAUUGAAGCAUUACACUUUUCUGUGUGGAUUAGCUUCUAUGAGAUCUAUAAUGAAUGUGUUUUUGACUUGUUGGAGCCAUUGCCAACCUCUAAAACUCAAAAACGAGCUAAUUUAAGGGUGUGUGAAGACCAUUCUGGCAAUUCAUAUAUUAAAGAUUUAAAGUGGAUCAAUGUUCAUUCUUCAGAGGAGGCUUGUAAAAUUUUGAAAAUUGGCAACAAGCACCGAAGUGCGGCAACCACAAAGAUGAAUCAAGCAUCAAGUAGAAGUCACAGCAUAUUUUCAAUCAAGCUGCUUCAGAUUAGUGGAACAGACGUCCAGAAAAUGUCAGAAUUAUCAUUGUGUGAUUUGGCGGGGUCAGAGAGGUGCAACAAAACCAAAACUUUUGGGGAAAGACUGAAGGAGGCUGGAAACAUAAAUAAUUCUCUGUUAAUUUUGGGAAAAUGCAUAUCUGUUUUGCGACAGAAUCAGAAUUCCAAGAUGAAGAAUAACUAUGUCCCAUUUCGCGAGAGCAAGCUGACACGUCUUUUUCAGGGCAUCUUCUGUGGCAAAGGCCGGGCCUGUAUGAUUGUCAAUAUAAAUCAAUGUGCCUCUACCUAUGACGAAACCCUACAUGUGAUGAAGUUUUCGGCUGUAGCAAAGCAGGUUGUGCAGAUAAUGCCACCAAAAUCGUUGGAGAGUUUAGCUCCAAGAUUGGUUGGCAAAGAUGGUAAAAUGUUGCUCAAAACGGCUCCAUCAAAAGAAGAGGAUCUUGAUAUAUCAGAAGAAGAACUUCUUGAUGAAUCAGAUGAUGAAGAAAUGUCUCUCCUUCCCCAAGAGGAGUUGGUAAGUAUUAUUGAGAGCCUUAAAGAGAAGCUUCUCGCCGAAAGACGUCGGAAUCUGGUACAGGAAAUUGAAGUUCGCAAGGAAAUGGGUGAAGCAAUGCUACAGCAAUUAAUAGAAACCGAAGAGACCUGGAGCAAUCGUCUUGAAGAGUUAAAGGAAAGCUAUGAGGAAAAGUUGGAAAGUACCUUUGAUAUGUAUAAAGACGCAAUUAAGCAGCAUGCUUACCAGCGUGCCCUGGAACAAAUAGAGGAUGAAUAUGUUCCUGUGGAUGAGUUCCUAGCAGAACAAGAGAAAGUUGAGGAACUAAGGAAGAAAAUUGCUGAAAUGGAGCAUAAGUUGAGUGUGAAUCAGAUUCCAUUGAAUGAGAACAAUCUGAACCCUACAGAAGCAAGCUCUAAUGAGAUGAACCUGCAGUCCCAGAGAUGUAGAGAGUUGUUGGAAGAAAAUAUCCAGUACAAAAGGCUCAUUGAACAGAACUCGCAGUUAGUUCAAUCUAUGAAGGGAAAGGCUGAAGACCUAAGCAAAGCACUGAAAGAGGCAGAGGAGAGCACAUUGGAAAAGCUAUGCGAGAUAGAGAUGCUUAAAAGAAAAGUUGCUGACCAGGAGGAGGAAAUCGAGAGCUUGCAAAAUUCCACCUCCGUACUACAGACUCUGGUGUCGCAGCUUCAGGAGGAACUUGAAUCUAAAAAACUUUGCCCUGAUGUUUCUGCCCGACCUAAAAUCAAGAAAGGACUUCUUGCCAAUAUAAAAGCCUCUGUUAAGUCUCCAGUUAAACCUUUAAGCAGAGCCCUAAAGAAAUCUGUGAAUGGGACACCUAUGUCUUCACUAAAGAAAAACGUUGAAUGAAAACGUGUUGUAUUUUAAUUAAGACAAUUAUGACCAAAAUACUAUUUUUGUUUUUUUUU